AUGCCAGUGGCAGAGACCUUGCAUCUGGCCCAUGUGCUUACUCAGGCAGUCAAAGGUCUUCUAACCGGAGCGAACGAAGGCCUGCAAGCCAAGCGAGAGCACGUCUUCUGUUCCGGAGAAGGCCCCGGCAAAGUUCGGCACUGGGUAGCCAGGUUGGAAUUCCAAGACGGCAAGCGGAAACGGCACGUGCAUCGGAACGGCCAAUUCUACCACGGACGCGGAGCGGUUCACGUGCACAUCCUUCUGUGGCUAUCGGACAUGCAAGCCAUGGAACUGUCCUCGAAGAUCCGCGCCGACAUACCCGGCGAGGACGAGCCGGAGAUGCGCGAUCUGGUGUUGGGCUCCCAACUGGACUACACCUCAAGCGGCUGGCCGGCACGCGAAGAACCCACUGAGGUAAGCAAGGAAGACCAGCGACUGAAACUGCAUCAUCCUCGCGAAGCUUUCGAAAGAUGCUGUCGGGCAUACGUCUCAGACGUCCUGGCCGCCCUUCGCUGCCACGUAGAUGUCCAAGCAUCGGAUGGUCGCGCGAUGAUUCUGAAGUACUGCGCCAGCUACCUUCCGAAGUUCAGCAGCUCCUUUGCAGCGGAACUGCUCAACAACGAGGCCAGCGAUUACUCGCUAGCGCGCCGCGUGCUGGCAGACUACCACCCGCUGCAGCCCGAAAUGGUCAUGCAGCUUGCGAUGCAGCAACACCCGCAGUUCAUCUGCCCAGCCACCGUGCGCAAGUUCGUCGUGCCCGUUCCUUGGCAAAAGGCAACAACGGCCAGAUAUCCCAGAAAUACCGUCGCAUGCACAGCCACCUCAUGGAUCAAUGUGCACCCGGCCGACGGCAAAAUCCUGGUGGCCGAUAUCCCGUACGCGCACACCAACGAUCGACGCUACGGCCAAUGGUUGCUCUUGAACGUGCCCUUCCGGAACGUCGACGACCUCUGGCUCGAGAACGCGGAAAAACUGCCAGAGAACCUCAAAUUUCUCGGACUUUGCGUACUCCACCGCCGUCGCUUCUGGCGAGAUCCACAAAAGAUUCGAGCGGAGUUGGAAAAAGAGGCUCGCAGCGAGACGUACAUCCAGAACACGCUGGCCAUGCUGCCGGCCCGCAUCGAGCUGAUCGACGCUUACCUCUCCGGGGAGAUGACAGUGGAGAAGGAGCCGGAGCCUGCAUUGGACGGAGUUGCCAAAGUGGCCAGCGCCAACAUCAAGGUUGCACCGGAGCAAGCGAACGUCAUCCACACCAUCCGCCGACGAGUUCAACACGCGCUGGAAGCAAAGUGGCCGGAAGACAACCAAGUCGACUCCUGGGCCAUAUGGUUCGAUCAAGCAGCGCCCGCCAACAGACCAACGGUCGUCUUGGGACCGGCCGGCAGCGGAAAGAGCACCGCGGUCGAGAUCGCUUUGGCCGAAGCCGUCAAGGCCGGAGCGCACGUCGGUGUGGCGUGCCCGACGGGCAUGUUGGCUACUCGGUACAGGAGUCGCUAUCCGGAUCUGGACAUCGACACCGUGCACGGCAUGUUCGCAUUGCACAAGGACGAGCUGACGACCGCCGACAUCAUGAAGAUCUACGAUCUCAUCAUCAUCGACGAGAUAGGCCAGCUCCCAGUCUGGAUCUUCGAUCGACUGCUUCGACUCUGGGACGCGGCCGAGCGAAGGCCCGCCAUCGUGUUCGUGGGCGACUUCUGUCAGCUAACGGGGGCGGACGGCACCACGGCAAGAGACAGUCCCAGGUGGCCCCAGAUGAGCAUCUCCACGCUGUUCGAGAUGCGCCGAUGCAAAUGUGCCAAGUUGAAGUGGAAGCUACAACUCUUGAGGAGCUCGAUACCGAGCGGGGCACAGCUGAAACGACUUCUAAAAGGCCAUCGCGCGAAUCUUCGUACAGACCGCACUCGCGGCAACAUCGUUACCGCAGACGACGUGGCCGAGGUCUUCAAGCAGACCCCGAACACCACGUUCGUCACCAUCUCCAGGCGAGGCACGGCCAAGGUGAACCAGCACGCAGUGCGCGCUCUCUUCUCCGAUGCGGACGUCCUUGGACGCAUACCUUGCGAUCCGCAGGAGAACUUCGACAACUUCCGCGGCACCGCGCAAGUCAAGACCGACGAAGGCAAGGUGCUCCUGAUUCAUCCCAUCGCCCAUGAGUGCGCCCUGUGGGAUGGCAGCGUUCAGACCACCAUCGCUUUUCCGCUCCGACUGGGCUACAGCACGACCUUGCACAAAAUUCAAGGUGCCACCCUGUCCCACAUCACCAUUUGGAUGGAUGUUCCUUUCGUGAAAGCAGCACUGUACGUCGCCCUGUCGCGCGUACAGUACGACCGCGAUUGGAGGUUCGUAGGAAGCAUCGACCGCC